AUGGAUUCCUUCCACGAAUGCUUACAAGAAUAUGGCGAAGGUUUGGAAGUUGUUCAAAUAUGUCUUGAACCGGAAGACGAAUCUGCUAAAUACGAAGACUUAUCCGCGUUGGCUGAUAUAAGUUAUGAAGAUUGUAAGAAAGAUACUAUCAGAGAUGAUAAUAUAAUAAUCGAAAUCAAAGAUAAUACACAAGUUAAUGGAGUUAUUGAAAUGAAAUCAUCAAAAUCCGAUGGAUCUUUGGAUGAUCAAGAUGAUGAUAUGACUAUAACGGAUGACACUUUAAACACACCUCGCGAACUAACUAUGAGAAGUAAAUCAGAAGACAGGAAAAAUAUAGACAGGGGGAGAGGUUUAUCGAAACAGCAGAGCAAAGACUUAUCAACAUCCGACGAAAUGGUAUUCGCAGUAACACCAACAGGUCUAGAAAGAAUUAGCUUUGAGAAAUACUGGAAGGAUAUUGAUGUGAGCAAAACAAAAACACAGAAUGACGAUAGUUGGAAAGAAUGUCCCAAUUCCCCAUCAGAUGACACUAGCUUCUACGAUGCGACUAUGAGAAUAUCUGUACAAGAACAAAACAAUUCAUUACUAUACAUUGAUCAUGAGAUCGAUGGGUACGAAACAUGUUUAGAUGAUGAUUCUUCAUCUGUUAAGUGUACAGACAGCAGCUAUAAAAUAAACGGGGAUAGUGAGAUCAAAGAAUUAUAUAAACACGAUAAAAUACACUUUAAUAACAAAGACAACGAUGUUUGUGCCAAAACUAAACAGGAUCAGAUCACUGCCAAUACUUUAGACGAUGUGUCGUCUUACGAACAUCCGUAUAUAGAAGAACAUAUUAUUAAACAGAUGAAAUCAUUAAGAAUAGAACCAUUAAGUAUACAUAUAAAUAAUAAGAAAAUAAAAAAGAAAUCUCCUAAACCGUCCAAAAGCGAGCGUCGUGUUAUCGAAUAUUACAACGAUCAAGAUGAAUGUUUAAAAGAGAUACGACAGAAGAAACUAGAAGAAGAAUUAAAGAAGAAUAAAGAAGAUCAUCACAGAAGUGAAUAUAAAAUAGCGGAGAAGAAAAUGCAUUUGAAGAAACAACUGCCUAGCGAAGAAUCGACUGACGUUGAACCUUAUGUGUCUGGAUGUCAUAAAUGUUUUUUAGAGAAUUACGCUUACGAAAUAACUAAGGCGUAUAUAAAAGAAGCUAGCACAUGUAAAUAUUGUGAGGUGAUUCGUGAUAUGUUGGAAGGGCCUAAAGUUAUGCCGAAUAGAAGGAUGUCUGCUCCAGCACUUUUUAAUCUGGAGAGUAUAGAUUCAGAUACUGAUGAUGAAGAUCUAUUAGCUGUUCCUAUAGUCAAAGAUAGAAGGAAGUCUACCGGCCCAUUAAAAUUUCCAGUAGCUAGUAGAAGAUCGAGUUACGCACCACCAGCUAUGACAGUAACUGUAUCUCCGGAGCGUCGUGAGGGUUCAACCCAAAGAUGGGGGGCGCCAAGAAGAGUGACCCUCAAAAGAAGACCUGGUGCCCCAUUGGGAGUAAGCAUUGUAGGUGGAAAGGUGGAUAUAAUUUCGAAGCAAAACGGCGAAAGCGGUGGUGAAGAGAAGGCGAUCUUCGGUAUUUUUAUUAAAAAUGUAGUGCCUAAUAGUCCGGCAGCUCUAUGCGGGGAACUACAAACAGGAGAUAGGAUUUUGGAGGUAGAUGGUGUCUGUGUUCGCACAGCUCAGCACGAACGAGCUGUGGAACUGAUUAAGGCUGCUAGGGACGUCGUUGUCCUGACUGUACAAAGCCUUCUUACUUGGAAUACAGACUCGUCUGAUGUAGAGGCUUCCCCUGCCACGUCUCCACCGAAGCCCGUCAAGAAAGCACCAGCUCCUAAACCACCUCAACAUGAAAUAAAGAUAACGGUAACCGAACCAGAUAUGGAAAGAAAACAAUCAAAAGAAGAAAAUAAAGAAGAAAAGGGGAAAGAAAAUGAGAAGGAAAAUGAAAAACAAACAGAGAAAGUGAACGGAGAAGUUCAACAGAAGAAAGUUUAUUCAGAUUCGGAAAGUAGCGACGAAGAAGAUGAGAGAGAAUUACAAGGAAGAACUUAUUCAGAUAAGGGAGUUGAGAUUGAUCGUGCAUCAGCCGGUGCUAUUAAACGAAGCAGAGAAGAGAAGGAGGCAGACCCAGAAGAAGAAGAUGACUUCGGUUACACAACAAUUCAAAUCGGCAAGUUGACUCACCCGUGUGCGGAGUGCGCGCGGCGGGCGGCGCGUGCGCGGGCGUCGCUACGCGAUCUAGAACCAUGCUCUGACCGUGUCAUGGAGACGAUCUCUGAAGAUGCUGAGGCUGAAUUGGAACUUGAUAAAAUCAAGAAGAAGUAUGGGUCAUUGGGUGACAGCGUGGUGGUCGUCAAAUUGGAGAGGACCCCGAAGGCUGGUCUGGGACUCAGUUUAGCUGGUCAUAGAGACAGAAGCCGAAUGGCUGUGUUCAUAUGCGGCUUAAACCCAGCCGGCGCAGCGGCUAAGUCAUCACCACCCAUUAAAGUUGGCGAUGAGAUAUUAGAGGUGAACGGUAUUGUUUUACACGGGAGAUGUCAUUUGAACGCGUCUGCAAUUAUCAAAGGACUUGUUGGACCUGUCUUCAAAAUCAUAUUACUGAGACGUAAAUCAGCGUUGGAAGAUGUAGCUGUGAAGCCUUUAACUCAAUUUCCAGUAGCACUAGAUGAAGAGAUCCGCUACAGGGCGAAUCUUUCCUGGUCUUCUUGGAAUAAUUUGUGGUAUUGGGCUACUGCCACUGGGCCGUCCUCUUUUACCGAUGAUAAUUUUAUUCCUCAACACCAGACUUUCAGUUUAUUCUUUGGUAUGUCUAGCAGCGCAUUGUCAGUUUGGUACUCUCGGUACGCCUGCACUACCGCUAAAUCAGAAGCAUAA